UGUGAGGAAGCGUCGGAUGUUUGAUUGAAGGUGUUCUGCUGAUGGGGUUUUUUUUGUGAGUUAUAACUCUUGUUAUUAAUGGACACCUGGUUACUUUUGCACAGAAUUUUUGCUCUCCAAGUUUCUCAUUUAUGACUUUGGAGUUAUUGUGAUCAAAGCAAGGGAAUGAUGACAUUGUCGGUGCAGAGCUAAAUGUUGUUGGCAUUGAUUGUUGCCGGGGAGUUUUUGGUUGUUGCAAUAUGUCAGCAUUGAUCAUUUAUGAUGUUAUGAACUUUUAGCAUAUUACUUUGGGUGAGAGUGAUCAAAAUUACAGAUAUUUCCCAUGUAUGUGCAUUUAGAGGCUCUGAAGCACCAUGUCAUGAAAUCCUAUCAGGAAUAGCCAUUAAGAUCACCAGUCUGAUAAUGGCUACAGCUUCAAGAUGAGGACCAGUCCAUCUCCAAUUCGAAAGUUUCCUCAGAAUUGCUGUUUUGAGGAGACGGAAUAUUCGAUCCUGCCUCUCGUUCAAGGCAUGAACUUGUUGAUGCAUGGUACACUGGAAGAGCAUGUCGGUAAAUCUUUUUGGAUCAUGAAUGCAAUCUUUAGAGCUCAGAUUUCUAAUGAGCCUAUUUAGAUGCAACUUUUGGUGUUGAUGGGCAACUUCAUUCUGUGCCACAGUUUGCACUGCUGUUCUUAAAUUUCACACGAGAAAGAGAUCUUUCUUCUUUUAAUUGGUCUUGUUGUGACCAACACAGUGGAAUAAUUGGAAGAAGUGCAUCGAUGAAUGAGGACUUUGUUGAUUGUCAAGAACCCUGCAUGGAUUUUGUUCACGGCUUGGUGGUGGUGUCCAGGUGUGCCAGAAUUGAUAUCUGCGCUAUGUUUAAGAUCUUGUACAAAACAGAUAUUGAAAAUGUGCAUCAAUUACUGGAAAGUCAUGUUGUGAUUGCACUGCCAGUUGUUUUAUAGUACAGGCUAUUGCUGUGUGGCCCUUCUGGAACAGUCAAGAGUUAGUUGUCCAAUAUGCUUUCUUGCUAUUUGCAUGGCUUUACAAGCACAUUUAAUGGUUAUGACUAACAAGUCAUCAGGAAAGAAAACAGAAAUGAAUCUGAGAGGCUGUUUGAGAGUGGUGUCAUAUUUCAUUGUGUCUCUUGAAGCGUCAUUAAAUAUACAGACAAUUUAGGGAUGUACUAGGAACAUCCAAAUGAUGGAAAUCUUAUUGAAAAAAGUGCAGAUGGCUGCAGCAGCAGUUGUGACAUCAUCAGAUGAAGUGAAGCAUAAAGCAGAGUGAGAUUGGUGUUAUCCUCAACAUCUCAUUAAUAAUUGCAGAACCGAAUCCUGUGAACAAUGCAAUUGUUUCAAGUCGCAACACCACUUCAGUUACUCUGGGUUGGGACAAACCGCUUGACUCCAAGCCUGAAUAUACCUAUAAGGUGACACUGAGUGGACAUCUCCCAAUUAUGAUAACUGGUAAUGAAUUUGUUACCGUGGCACAACUAAAUCCUGGAACUGUAUACACAUUCAGUGUGUUCACACUGGCAGCAGAUAAUACAUCAGCAGAUCCAGUCUAUGUCUCCUCUACUACAGUUCCUUCCAAGCCUGGAGCCAUUACCGUGAUGGCCUUAAGCAACGUUUCCAUCUCCUUGAGCUUAGGGAGACCCGUGGACAUGGGGGUCACCCAGUACAACUUCAGCAUCAUAUACGGGUCUGCCAGCAGUUCUGAUGUUUCCUUCAAUGAAAUUACAAAUUCCACCAAAAUCCAAGAUCUGCAGUCUGGAACUAAUUACACCAUUUCUGUGACCACUGUUGUUCAAGAUGGAGUGAAGAGUGAAGCUGUGGUUCUAAAUCAGUUUACAAGUAAGUGUGAAGCAUUUUCCCGUGUGUGCAAUGGUGCAGACCACCGUCCAGAAGCAAGAAAAAAAGAAUCUCGUUCCAGCUUCAGAUCGUUGGAUUUGGGAGAUAGAGUUUGUUUUGAUUGUGAUCUGCAGAAAGAUUAAUUAGUAGUGGUUUUGUUAUUAAUGGAGAGGUUAUUUCUUUGCCAUGGAAUUGUAAUUAUUAUUGGGUGUUUCACUGUUGUUCACGGUGGAGUGAAGAGUGAAGCUGUGCUUCUAAAUGAGUUUACAAGUAAGGGGGAUGCAAUUUCCUUGUGAAUUAAGAUGCAGCCCACAAUCGGAAAACAAGUAAAUGAGUCUAGGUUCCAACUUGAGAUCGUUGGCUAAAGGUAAGUAUUUGGGAGCUAAUGUCGGAUAUUCUGUUGUAGGUGUUCUGCAAAGAGUCUAUUUAGAUGCAGCUUUUGUUGUUGAUGGGCAACUUCUUUCUGUGCCACAGUUUGCAUUGCUGUUCUUAAAUUUCACACCAGAAAGAGAUCUUUCUUCUUUUAAUUGAACUUGUUGUGACCAACACAGUGGAAUAAUUGGAAGAAGUGCAUCGAUAAAUGAGGACUUUGUUGAUUGUCAAGAACCCUGCAUGGAUAUUGUUCACGGCUUGUUGGUGGUGUCCAGUUGUGCAAGAAUUAAUAUCUGCGCUACGUUUAUGAUCUUGUUCAGAACAGAUAUUGAAAAUGUGCAUCAAUUACUGGAAAGUCGUGUUGUGAUUGCCCUGGCAGUUGUUUCAUAGUUCAGGCUACUGCUGUGAGUGGCCCUUCUGGAACAGUCAAGAGUUAGUUGUCCAAUAUGCUUUCUUGCUAUUUGCAUGGCUUUACAAGCACAUUUGAUGGUUAUGACUAACAAGUCAUCAGGAAAGAAAACAGAAAUGAAUCUGAGAGGCAGUUUGAGAGUGGUGUCAUAUUUCAUUGUGUCUCUUGAAGCGUCAUUAAAUAUACAGACAAUUUAGGGAUGUACUAGGAACAUCCAAAUGAUGGAAAUCUAAUUGAAAAAAGGGCAAAUGGCUGCAGCAGCAGUAGUGACAUCAUCAGAUGAAGUGAAGCA